UAUACUGUACAACAAUGGAUGGUUCUCACACUUUGUGUGACACGUAUGGGUUGUUUUGCUGAUGAUACCUGUUCAGAUGUGAAGAUCAUUGGAGUGAAGAAUUCAGACAACUUGGUUAUUCAGAGAGGUUGUCCAGAAAACCCUGGAAUAAAGGUCGUGCAAGGACCACCAGGAAUCAAAGGUGACAGAGGAAUCCCGGGGGUGUCGGCUGUUGGUACUGCAAAGGACUGUAAAGAAUUGCUGAACCAAGGAGCACCUCAGAACGGCUGGUACACAAUAUAUCUACCCCAAGGGACUCCCAUGACAGUUUUCUGUGAUAUGGAAACUGAUGGAGGAGGAUGGAUAGUUUUCCAGAGACGAAUGGAUGGUUCCGUGGAUUUUUUUCGAGACUGGAAUUCCUAUAAAAGGGGGUUCGGAAAUCAAUGGAGUGAGUUCUGGAUGGGGAAUGACAAUAUUCAUCGCCUUACAUCCACUGGUACAUUUGAACUGCGUGUUGACCUGACAGAUUUUGAUAACAACAAAUCAUAUGCCUUGUACAACAACUUCUAUAUCUCAGAAGAGACUCAACAAUACACCUUACAUCUGGGGCGCUUCCAAGGAGGAAAUGCAGGUGACUCAUUAUCUUAUCACAAUAACACAUCAUUUUCCACCAAAGACAAGGGUCUUAACAAAUCUACCCGCGACUGUGCAAUUUGUCUCAAAAGCGGCUGGUGGUUCAAAUCGUGCAUUUAUUCGAACCUGAACGGGCUGUAUCUGAAAAGUGAUGAUCGUGUAGAGUUUGAUCAAGGCAUAAACUGGUACACUGGCAAAGGGAAUUACUACUCAUACAAGGCUUCAGAAAUGAAGUUCAGAACCCAAACUUAA